AUGAUUCGAUCACGCUGUCCUCGUCCACAAGAAAAAUCCGAAUCAAUUGAAUAUCAUAUAUCCAAUUCACAAAUAUCAUUAUUAUUAUUAUCGUCAGCACCAAAAGCAUCUAAGAAUACUUCGAAUAAAUUCUCUCGACAUUCACGUCCAACUUUAUUUACAUUUCCAUCAAAUGCAACACUCAAAGAAAUUUUAUCAGACAAAGAUUUUAUUGAUCUAGCUUCGAAACAUUCAUCAAUAUCAGUAAUUACUACAGAUGGUGAUAAACAGGAGAAUGAUGCUCAUUUUGAAUUAGAUGGAAAAAUAUUAGAUGAAAAUCAACAAUUUUCAACAUUUGUUUCAAAAGAAUCAUUUCUAUUAGUUAUUAAUAAUAAUAUCAAAUUAAAAUUUCAUGAAACAAAACGUAUUCAACCAAAUAUUGCAACCAUAAAUAUACAUCGUAAAGAUUUAAUUCGUCGUCUUCCAAUUGAAAAUGGUCAACGAGUAGCAUCUAGUGAGCAACUUAAAUAUCCAAAUGAAAGUUUAGAUUUAUUAUUUGAUACAUUACAUGGUGAAUUGAUCUAUUUAACUGAAUAUUUACAAAGUCAUUUUGGUGAAAGACAUCAAUUUACAACAUAUCCAAUACAACAACAACAACAAACAAUAUCUGAUGAAAAACAAUGGAAUGAAUGGGAAACAGGUUUAUAUAGAAUGCAUGGAGAUCAAGAUGAUACAGUCAAUAUCGCUGUAGUUGCAGAUUGGGGUGCUGGGACAAUGGAGUCUGCACUUGUUGCUCGUGCAAUGAUGAAUGGUUUAGAUUUAACUUUUCAACAACAAAAAGCAACACAUAAUUUACCACAUUAUUCAAUUCAUUUAGGUGAUAUUUAUUAUGUUGGUUUACCAACAGAAAUUGAACAUUGUUGUCUUGGGAUAAAACCACAUUGGGCAGAUCGAGGUGUUCGAUGGCCUAUCGGACAAAAUGGUAGUUUUACAAUUCCUGGAAAUCAUGAAUUGUAUAGUCGUGGCUUUGGUUAUUGGGAUUAUUUUUUACCAAACGUUGGUUUAUUCAAUCCAGAAGAUUUAACAUGUCCUACACAAGCACAGAAAACUUCCUAUUGGGUAUUAGAAAAUGAUCAAUGGAGGAUAAUUGCACUUGAUACUGGUUACGAUUCAUAUUCAUUAUUAACUAUUGAUAAUCAUUCAAUUAAAUUACCAUCAGAAUUAAUCGAUUGGUUAAAAACAGUUGUUGGUCUUAAUCCACAAAUGACUGAUAAACGUGGUUUAUUAUUUUUCUCACAUCAUCAAGUUAUUAGUGCUUGGAAUGAAAAACCAAAUACAGAUUUUCCUGAUCAAAUCGCAUCAUUAUUACCAGAGGGAAAGACAGUUCUCUAUUUAUGGGGUCAUGAACAUCGGUUGAGUUUUUAUGAAAAACAAACGAUUGAACCAGUGAUAAAUUCAGGUAAAAAAUUAACGUUCUAUGGUCGAUGUAUUGGUAAUUCUGGUUUUCCGACAUUGGCAACAGAACUUCCGGUCAAAGCUCGUGAAACAAAAUUAUUAUUUUAUGAUGAUCGAUUAUUUAAUGUCGAAGGUGAUCAUGCUUGGACAGAUAUGGCAUUAGGUUUUAAUGGAUUUGUUACAAUGAAAUUUGUACGUCCGAAGCAAUCAGGUGAUACAAGCUUAUAUUUAACUUAUAAAAGUUUAAGUUUGAAUGAAAAUGGACACUUAACAGAUGAAAACCCAACUAUUUUGGUUAAUGAAGAAUGGUCUGUUGAUUCAAAUGGAAAUGUUAUUCUUAAUAAAAUAGAACCAAUCAAUCAAGAAAUUACACAAAGUCUACACAUUGCAUUGAGCGGACAACAAUCACCAUCAAAUGUAUCAACUUGCUGUACAAUCUCAUAA